UCCCAGUAGUGUGUUGUGUAUUGAAAUCGAAAUCGAAGCGGAGUCCCGGUCAGAAACAUGCUGCUGUGUCGCAUUGUGCUGGCGCUGCUGCUGCUGGUGCUGCUGCACUACAGCCAGGCGGAGGAGGAGAAGGAGACCACCCACCUGCCACAGGUCUCGCUGGCGGAGUCCCUGGCCAGAUCGGCGGCUUCGUCGGGAUCCUCCAGCCUCUUCCAGAGCGACCCCUUCAUCGCGCGCAACCAGCGGCAGUGCUUCGAGACCCGCAGCCUAGUGGCCUGCAUCAAGUACAAGGCCAGUAAGCUCGUCUGGAAGCUGGCCACCAACAGCCUAGGCUUCUUCCCCAGCGAGUACGGACGCGACCUGGCCGCGGACAAGGGUCGCUGGCUGAGAUUGGUCCAGUUGGGGGAACCCGCCGACGAGGUGGUCGUGUUCAACGACGCCAAGAGCUUGGAAGGUGACAGCGAGCUGACGCUGGUUCUCAAGUUCCUGAAGAGGGCGGCGGAGACCUUCGGGCGCAACCACGGACUGCAGUUGAGGCUGAACGGCGAGAGCGGGGCGCGGGUCCUGGAGGAAUCUGAGGCCCGAUUGGCCCGCAAGAAGAAGAAGUGGCUCAUCAUCCUGCCCCUCAUCAUCCUGCUGAAGAUCGCCCACCUGAAGAUGGCCGUAGUGGGCAUGCUGACGGCCGUGCUGGGCAUGAACGUGCUGCUGGUGGGCGGCGUGGGCUGGCUGAUCCACUACCUCAAGUACAAGACCAUGUGCAAGAUCCACCCGCACCUGGUGCAAACGCACUCGCACGUGUACGAGUCGGAGCCCUCGGACUACUCACAGUUCGUGGGCAGCAGCAGCUACUCCGGCUCGUACAAUCCCUACAGCUCCGGUUCCGGAGCUAACCACGAGCUGGCGGCCAACAGCUACAGCAAGGACUGGGCCACGAGUAAGGCCUACCACGGCCACAACCACCUGGACACGAUCAGCAAGCGACUACAGUAGGGUUCGCGGAAACCAAAUGGACUUGUGCCACCAUUAUCGAAACCUAGUAAAUUGUUUCUCGUCGUCGUCGUACUAGCCGUAACUAGCUUAGGUAAUCUAUUUGUAUCCUAAUAAAGGUAUUUAUUUUUUUUAAUGAG